CGUCGGGAGGGACGUGGGGAAACUGAGGCCCGAAGGGGGCCGACGCCCCGCGGCGGGGCUAGUUGCUUGUCCAGGGAGGCUAGUAUCCGUCCGGGUUAAGACUCAGGGCGUCCCCAGGCUGAGCUUCUUAGGGACGGCGUUCGGCUCCCACCUGUCACCACCCUGGCAUUUUCACCCCAGGAGCCUCACUCUAGGAGCGGUUGCUCACGCUGGGCCCUGUGCCUGGAACGCCCUCGUGCCUUCUUUGCCUUCACAGCCCUGCUGGGGGCUUUUGCGUGCUCCCUAGCUCUUCUUACAGGCCUUUCACCGCUGGCUCAGCCUUUGUGGAGCACUUAGAGACCGUGUUCCCAGCACUCCCCACUAUGUGCAGGAGGUGAAGCCUUGAACACACUUGAUGAAGAACGAACAUAAGGCAGGUUCUGGGAUUGACGGGGGCUGCUUUAGAGUGGGUGGUCCCGUAGGCCAGACACUGGAGCUGAAACAUAAAUGAAUUAAAAGGAACCAACUUAGCUUUUCAGUUGUAAGGUGCCAAGGCCCAGGCUUGGAACAAAGUUAAGCACAAUACACUAGUUCGCUGCAGGACUUAACAUCCUGGGUGACAGUGACUGAUUUGUAACCGCAGUACCCAGCACAGUGCCUGAUACACAGUGUUUGGAAUAUGUGAAAGCACUCUGUAUACUACAAAACAUCCUUUCCCAGUGGGUUUAUUUCCUGGGCCACACACCUUUUGGUUGCUAGGGGAGUGAUAACUAGAAGACGGUCGCCCAACUCCGGAGGGUGUAGCAUAGCGCCUGAAGCCAGAGGGCCUACACGGCAUCUGUAAAAUUCCACCCCAUUUCAGCGCUGGGGUUGUAAACAAAAUUAGUCUCACCCCAAAAUUGCCAAAAGAAGACAGCUUUUUCCACUAGAAGAAACGGGUUAGGGAAUAGAAUCAGGAACCUUCACUCGCUGAGUUUUUUUGACUGAUGUUAGCUGCUUAGGGUUGUAUCUAGUUAAUCAUCAAGACUGGAGAGUUGUCUUGCUAAGGUUUAGGAAGACGAGUGUGAUUCUGUCCAGAUGCCACACUAUCACUAUCUAGAGGUGUGACCUUGGGUAAGUCAACCUUUUUGGACUUUGGUCUGGGUCAGAAGGAUGCAAGGUGCCAUCUGGGGGCAGCCAUCUGCAAAGCCUCUGCUCUGCGCCCGGCACUGUGCUGGGCCGCUCAGUUUUCAGCGGUGUUUUUGUACCGGCAUUUUGCAGGUGGGAAACAAGCUCAGGGAGGUUGCGUGGCUUUGCCCAAGGUCCCUCAGGUGUGGCUGCUCUCCCUAGCCCCUGUACUCCUCACCAUACCCUGCUGAAUAUGGCCACAGCUUUUUGGGUUUGGAAUCCAAAAAUGACAAAUUUUUCGUAAAGCAAAAGCAAACUUAUUCGAGCUUAGGCAGCAUGAUGGGAUUGUAUUUUGUAGCUAAUCUAAUGGAGACGAUAUAAAUUCUACCUGCAAUAAUAUACCUUUGCAGCACAUUCUUUUAAUACUCUUUCAGCCCCAGCUGUGUCAUGGAGGCCACAAAGGCAAACCGGAUGCGUACUUUGCCCCUCAGUAGUUUAUGAACUAACAGGAGAUGAAACAAGACCCAGAUAACUUCUAGUCAAGGCCAGAAAGCUAAAGAUAGUGAAAAAGAACUGAAUGUAUUUAGAGAAAGGGAGAUUGUUCCUGGCUGAGGACAUCAGAAGCAGCUUUGUUGAAGAAGUGGUAUCUGAACUAGAUUUGAAAGGGUGUGUCUGAGUUGAAAAUGCAGAAGGGGAGAGACAGGUUCUGGGGCGGUUGGGGGUGCAUUUCAACAACCACAGCAGAAGGCCCAGUGUUCGCUCUGGGGGUGGUGUGGAUCAGCAGCACAGACCAAUGGACACACUUGGGUCAGAUCGAGGCGCCUGUCUCUCCCCAUCCUCCCUCUUCCCCACCGCACAGAAAUUUCCAGUUCCAUCCAACAUGCUGUGCCCCUUUUCAUGCAUCCGUGCAUUUACACAUGGAUGUGUGCCCUUUUUCACCUGGCAAAAAUUCUCAGCCUUCAAAAUGCCCCUCAGAGAUCACUGCUUCUGGGCAGCCCACCACCUCUAGGCUGUUCCUGCCUCUUGAUUGCACCUGUUGUACCAUGAUGACAUUUUUCCUGUCUGCCUCACCUGUCUGCAUUCGUUAGGGAAGCUUGUCUGCCUUCAGAAUCAUCAGUGGAGCUUUUGAAAGGGCAGAUCUUGGGGCCUCAUCCCAGGAGAUCCGAUUCAGCAGGUCUGCGGGGACUGAGGCAUGGCAGGGGAAACCGCCCCCAUCUCAAGGGUGAGGCUAGGACUUGGCUCCUGUGUAUGUAUUCCACCCAGAAAUACUGAGUUAACAUUAGCUGAAUUAACUAAACAAAGUAUCAGGCAUAAUACCCACAGGGUAAGCCAGUCAGGAUAGAGGAUAAAUACAUUAUUAGUCUGGCUUUGCUGCUGUGGUUAUCCUCAAACAGUAGGGUUUAGUGUAUGUAUGUAUAUGUAUUAAGUUUUUGUUUUGGGGUUUUGAGACAGGGUCUUUCUUUCUCACCCAGGCUGGACUGAUCUCGGCUCACUACAGCCUCGAACUCCCAGGCUCAAAUGAUCCUCCCACCUCAGCCUCCCGAGUAGCUGGGGCUACAUGUAUGCACCAUCAUGCCUGGCUAAUUUAAAAAUGUUUUGUAGAGACAGUGUCCCGCUAUGUUACCCAGGCUGGCCCUGAACUCCUGGCCUCAAGCAGUCCUCCCGCCUCAGCAUCCCAAAGCACUACGAUUACAGCAACUAGAAGCCAUUUGUGUCAAGGUAACGUCUGGAGAAACAAAAGGUCAGGAAAGGCCAAUGCCCCUACCGACCACAAUCCAGCCCCAAACUGCAAGAAAGAGCCAGCCGCCCCGGGGGAAUUCCUGCCUGGUAGGGCUCCACAUCGCCAGCCCUCAGCUGCUCAGGGUACAGCCGCUUGUGAGAACUGAGCCACAGUCCUGCUUCCUAAGUGACUUACGCCAACCUCCUGCUCAGGGGUUUGUACAGAGACCACUGCCAGCCCUCCAGGUGGUCCCUGCAAAGAGAGUCCCAGCCCCCAAGGCUCCAAAUGAACAGGGCUCCAUGUUGACCCCUUUGUCUGCCUCUGACCCGCUGGCAGUAACAUCUCUUUCAUCCGGUUCAGCACAUCCAUGUAUUUCCAACUUGCAUACAAGACAUACUGAGAAACUAAAAAAAUCGUUAAAAGUAAAGACACGUUCUGGACGGGUAUCUCGACCUCCCAAAUAUAAAGCUAAAGAUUAUAAGUUCAUAAAAACAGAGGAUUUGGCAGAUGGUCAUCUGUCAGAUUCUGAUGAUUAUUCAGAACUCUGUGUGGAAGAAGAUGAAGAUCAGAGGGAGAGGCAAGCACUCUUUGACUUAUCGAGCUGCUCCCUGAGGCCCAAAAGCUUUAAGUGUCAGACUUGUGAAAAGUCAUAUAUAGGGAAGGGGGGACUGGCCCGACAUUUUAAACUUAACCCAGGCCAUGGCCAGCUGGACCCCGAGAUGGUGCUGUCUGAGAAAGCCAAUGGAAGCACCCUCCGGGGGUGCACGGAGGAAAGGACGCUCAGCCUGACCUCCCUGGGGCUGUCCACGCCAGCGGCUCCAUGUGAGGGAGGGGCCCGCUCCUGCUUGGUGACAGAGUCAGCACGCGGUGGCCUGCAGAAUGGUCAGUCUGUAGACGUUGAAGAGACAUUGCCAUCUGAACCAGAAAAUGGAGCUCUUUUGCGAUCAGAGAGAUACCAAGGACCUAGAAGACGCGCAUGCUCAGAGACCCCUGCAGAGUCCCGCACAGCUGUCCUCCAGCAGAGAAGAGCCGCUCAGCUACCUGGUGGCCCUGCUGCGGCAGGGGAGCAGAGGGCGUCGCCAAGCAAAGCCAGGCUUAAGGAGUUCCUCCAGCAGUGUGACCAGGAGGAUCUGGUGGAAUUGGCUCUACCUCAGCUGGCUCAGGUUGUGACCGUGUAUGAGUUUCUUCUGAUGAAGGUUGAAAAAGAUCAUCUAGCAAAGCCUUUUUUCCCAGCUAUAUAUAAGGAAUUUGAAGAGUUGCAUAAAAUGGUUAAGAAAAUGUGCCAAGAUUACCUCAGUAGUUCUGGUCUGUGUUCCCAGGAGACCCUGGAAAUAAACAAUGAUAAGGUUGCUGAGUCAUUAGGAAUCACAGAAUUCCUACGGAAGAAAGAAAUACACCCAGACAACCUUGGACCCGAGCACCUCAGCCGAGACAUGGAUGGGGAGCAGCUAGAGGGAGCUAGCAGCGAGAAGAGGGAACGUGAGGCUGCGGAGGAGGGACUGGCCUCAGUGAAAAGGCCCAGAAGAGAAGCCCUGUCCAACGAUACCACUGAAUCUCUUGCUGCCAACAGCAGAGGCCGGGAGAAGCCCAGGCCCUUGCAUGCUUUGGCCGCUGGUUUUUCCCCUCCAGUAAAUGUGACUGUCUCUCCCCGUUCUGAAGAAAGCCAUACAACGACGGCUUCUGGUGGCAAUGGGAGCGUGUUCCAGGCGGGCCCGCAGCUUCAGGCACUGGCUAACUUAGAAGCCAGGAGGGGGUCUAUAGGUGCUGCUCUCUCAUCCCGGGAUGUCAGUGGGCUGCCUGUUUAUGCUCAGUCAGGAGAGCCUAGGAGGCUGACCCAGGCACAGGUGGCAGCGUUUCCUGGAGAGAGUGCUUUGGAACACUCUUCAGACCAGGACACCUGGGACAGCCUGAGGAGCCCGGGUUUCUGCAGCCCUUUGUCAUCUGGUGGUGGAGCAGAGUCCCUGCCGCCUGGGGGGCCUGGACAUGCAGAGGCAGGACACCUCGGCAAGGUUUGUGACUUCCACCUGAACCACCAGCAACCGAGCCCCAGCAGCGUCCUGCCUACAGAGGUGGCAGCCCCUCCGCUUGAGAAAAUUUUGUCUGUGGAUAGCGUGGCAGUGGACUGUGCCUACAGGACUGUGCCCAAGCCAGGGCCUCAGCCUGGCCCACAUGGAUUACUAUUGACUGAAGGGUGUCUCAGAAGCCUUUCGGGGGACUUGAACCGGUUCCCCUGUGGGAUGGAGGUGCACUCUGGCCAGAGAGAACUGGAGAGCGUGGUUGCUGUCAGCGAAGCCAUGGCUUUUGAAAUUUCCAAUGGGAGCCAUGAGUCACUGUCUCAGGGACAGAAGCAGAUUUUUAUUCAGACUUCCGAUGGGCUUAUCUUGUCCCCUCCAGGUACAAUAGUGUCUCAGGAGGAGGACAUUGUCAUAGUGACUGAUGCAGAGGGGCGUGCCUGCGGAUGGGCCCGCCAGAAGGAGUUCCUCUAGAAGCUGUGGAGUCGGUCGUCACCGUGGAACCGGAGCCCUCACAGUGAAGUGGAGUCAGAUCCUAGAUUCAUCUGAUUUUAUCCAGAGAAGGUCUAUGGCAAGCAAUGUAUAUUUUUCUAAUGUGAAUAUUGCACAGGUGAACCUUUUAUUUAUAAAGUAUAAUGUCUUUCUA